UUUAAGUUGUUAAGCGCAUGUCCCUCAGUUGCUCUCUUUCACUUUUUCAUUUUGGCUUCUCCUUGUUCUCGCUUGGGGCUCUCUCUCUCUCUCUGCAACUCUUGCCGAUCAUCCAUAGCUGACCGCACUGGCUCCGAUUCCCACCGCUAGAACUACCUCUCCGUCACUCCUCCCCAGCAAAUCUCCAAAGAUGCUAGUGGAUGUCCUGUGAACAUGUCAUUUUCAAGACUUUGUAGAAGAACCUGUCUCUUGCCUUACCUUAACAAUUUACAACACUCUUAUCCUGAAUCCAGGCACAUACCUGAUGUGUUAGGGAGGUCAAGUUAUAAUUUCAUUGGAGCUAAUGCUGGAUAUCAGAGAGGUUUCAAUUAUGAUAUAUGGGGUUUGAAGUUAAGAAGUGAAUAUAGUACAAGGUCAUUUUACAAGUGUAGCCGGUUUUCACCUAUUGCUUCUCAGUAUAUUGGGAGGUCUUGUUCUUUGCUUGGUAUCCAGCGCCACUAUGCUUCUCAAGCUUCCAGAGAACAAAAAUCAUGGAAGAUGCUUUUAUACCUCACGGGUUUGGUCUUUGUAAUGGUGGGAAGUACUUAUGCAGCUGUUCCUCUGUAUAGAAGGUUCUGCCAAGCUACCGGGUAUGGAGGCACUACUCAGCGUCGUGAGAGUGUUGAAGAAAAGAUAGCUCGGCAUGCUAAAGAUGGAACUGUUACCUCAAGGGAGAUUGUGGUGCAGUUCAAUGCUGAUGUGGCUGAUGGAAUGCAAUGGAAGUUUGUUCCCACACAAAGAGAGGUAAGAGUCAAACCUGGAGAAAGUGCCCUUGCAUUUUACACCGCUGAAAACCAAAGUAAAACUCCAAUAACUGGUGUGUCUACUUAUAAUGUCACCCCCAUGAAGGCUGGAGUUUACUUCAAUAAAAUACAAUGCUUUUGCUUUGAGGAGCAGCGUCUCCUUCCGGGGGAGCAGAUUGAUAUGCCUGUAUUCUUUUAUAUUGAUCCCGAGUUUGAGACAGAUCCAAGAAUGGAUGGUAUCAAUAACUUGAUUUUAUCAUAUACCUUUUUCAAGGUUUCUGAUGAAUAAAAAGGAAACUGCUAUUGUAGCGUUGAAGAAGAUUACCUGAGACCAUGAGGGACCAGACUUCUGUAUUAAAGAAGAGGGAAACAUACAUAAUAAAUAUCAAAAUAUUUUUUUGAGAAACAAUAAAUAUCAAUUUUUGAUGUUA